AUGCUUCCCCAAUUAAGACGUGUUACAUCUAUGGAGCUUGGUUGUGAUCCAAAAGGCUAUUCACAUGCUGGAAAUAACACCACAGUUUGGUAUUUUGCUGUUCUUAUUGGAAGACAAAACACAGACUCCCUAAAAUGUGUUAAGGUCCAAGAGAUACUAUCAGCUGGUGAAAAUGUAAAUCAAAUUGACCAACACCAAGCUGCCAUGUCAGCAUUGAAGGAAAAAAGACUCACAUUUGCUUGGGUGGAUAGUGAAGCACAAAAGAUGACAUCUAUGGACCGAAUGGCAGGUGCAAACAUUCCAUCUUUGGCUGCUAUGGAGCAGACUCGAAUGCUAGCACACACUUUAGCUCAGAACACCAAUCCAAAGUUUCAGGAUGCUGCAAAUAUAAAAGUGGCAGGAAUAAAUAUGAACAACAAGAGCAGCCGGUCACAUAGUGUUUUCACCUGUUGGUUCUCAAAGAUUACAAACACCAAUUUCCUUCAAACAACAGAAGAUCUAGAGUUUAAAUGGGUGAUUGAAGGUGAUGGAUGUAAACUUGAUUCAGGAACUCUCAGUCUACCAACAUUAGACUUUAAUUGGGUGAUUGAAGGUGAUUUUGGUUCUUGA